UCAUCCUGUAAAUUGCUUUCAAGAUAAGCCAGUAGAUAAAUUCUCUUUGUAAAGAUCUGUUAGUUCAGAACAGUGCUCCUACAGGCAGAAACAUGGCACUUAAUGGUACUUGGAAAAUAGACAGAAAUGAAAACUAUGAAAAGUUCAUGGAGGCCAUGGGUGUUAACAUGAUGAAAAGAAAGUUAGGAGCCCAUGAUAACAUGAAGCUCACUAUCCAACAAGAUGGAAACAAUUUUACUGUCAAGGAAUCAAGCAACUUCCGUACCAUAGAAAUUACAUUCACUCUGGGAGUCAAUUUUGAGUACAGCCUGGCUGAUGGGACUGAACUUACUGGUUCUUGGAACAUGGAAGGAAAUAAAAUUGUAGGAAAAUUUACUAGAAAAGAUAAUGGAAAAGUACUCACAGCAUCCAGAGAAGUCAUAGGUGACGAACUUGUCCAGAUCUAUGUAUAUGAAGGAGUUGAAGCAAAGAGAAUCUUCAAAAGGAGCUAACUACCUCACCCAGAGCCAAAAAACAAUGAAAAAUGACCAUUUUUCUACAUAGCCUUUUAUCCCCUCACAGCACCUUCUAAGCUGCAAUUACUUAGCCCUGAUGAAAGCAGAGUAGUUUCUUUUGUUUACUUUUUUGCCCUGAAUAAACAAAAUCCAAUUACAAUUUGAUACAAAUGCUAAAACAUUAUUUGUUCUGAGUCCUACCUGAGUGCUAUACUCUAAAAGGCUGCAGAAACUAUUUUCUAUAAGCAGAACUUAAAUAUUUUUUGCACUGGUUCUCA